AUGCUAAAACCAGCGGGAGAAAAAGAAAAGAAACAAUGGGAAGCAACGAUACAGUGUGCUAUAAAGGAGAAGAGGGCCCAAAUGGAUAAAGAGUUUCAAAAGCGGAACAAUGAUCAAAAACUUGCUAACGAUAAACGAUUAAAAGAUUCAUUAAAUAACCAACUAGAGAGACAUCAGGAAACAUUGGAAAAAAGAUUAGCACAAAAGGAAAAAGAGACAACAAAAAAGUUAGAAGUGCUAGUUGCGGAAAAGGUUGCUUAUGAAAAGGGAAUAUUUAAGCAACAGUUGGGAGAAAUGGCCGCUAAAGUGAAAGUUAUUGAAGAUAAACUUAAUGCUCGAUUGAAAGCAGAAAGAGACCAGAAGCUUUCGCAAGAACUUUGGAGUGCUGGAGCCGCAUUGUUAGCAGCAACUAAAAAGGGAGAGCCGUAUGUUAAAGUUGAUAAGGAAUUGAAGGCAAUUAAAAAAGCAUCUGGGGGUGGCGAUAAAUUAGUAGAUACAGUAUUAAAAGCAAUACCCGAAUCAGUAAAAGAAAAAGGGUUGGUGCCAGAGAGCGUGUUGCGAGAAAGAUAUCAGAAGAUGGAGGCAACUGCAUUAAAAGUAGCUUUGGUAGAGCAAGAAGGUGCACCGCUGCCAAUUUAUUUUAUUUCUUGGCUACAAUCAACGUUGUUGUUUAUGAAGCUGUCAGGUAUUCCACAGCAAGAAAUAGACAAACCGCCACAAGAGCCAUUUGAAGAUUUGGAUACUUUUGAUUUAUUACAACGGGCAAGAUUUUGGAUAGAAAGGGGUAACUUAGCAGUAGCAAUACGCUACGUGAGUUAUUUAGAAGGGGCCUCUCGAGCCGCCGCGGCGACGUGGUAUGACGCGGCUCGAUCGCACAUGGAAACGAGACAGGCGGCUGAAGCAAUACUAGCUCAUGCCGCGGCUUUAGGCCUACAAUAUAUA